AUGGCCCUCUUCCGACGCUCCAACAAGUCCGAAGAGCCCAUCACCCACAACACCACCACCUCAUCAUCCGACGACGUUCCCCCAGGCUACCGAAAAUCCAAACCGACCUUCCUCCGCCUGUUCACCGUAAUUAUCUAUCUCCUGGCCACCGUCUUCCUCAUCCUGGUCGAGAUCGGCGACAUCAACAACAAGCCCGUGAUCCGGUCGACGUACUUCCUGAAGAUCGACCUGGCCAACAUCAUCCCGGCGUCGGUGCCCAACGCCGUCUUCAUCAACAGCAUCGCUCAGUCCAUCGGCCUGCACGACUUCUACCAGGUGGGCCUGUGGAACUACUGCGAGGGGUACAAUGGCGAAGGCAUCACGUACUGCUCGCCGACCAAGACGCUGUACUGGUUCAAUCCGGUCGAAAUCAUCCUGAACGAACUCCUCGCGGGCGCUUCUAUCACCCUGCCCACUGAGGUGAUCGAUGUGCUCGACCUGGUGCGGCUCGCGUCGUGGUGGAUGUUCUCGUGCUUCCUGGUCGGUACGGUGCUGACGUUCGUGUGCGUCUUCGCCGCCCCGCUGGGUUUCUCCCAGCGUCCCCGGUGGCAGCACAAGGUGAAGCGGAUCUUCUUGCGCCAGUUCCCCAUCGCGCUACUGACGGGCGCGGCGUGGCUGUUCACCGCCGUGGCGUCGCUCAUCGCGACCAUCAUGUUCCUGAUUUUCCGCGAGAAGUUCUCCGGCGCCGCCGACCUGAAUAUCCACGCGCAUCUGGGCAAGCCGAUGCUUGCGUUCAUGUGGAUUGCCACGGGCCUCAAUCUGAUCGGGUUUUUGAUGCAGCUCGGUACUUGCUGUGGGGUCUGCUGCUGUACGGGGAGGAGGAAGGCGAUUCGGCAGAGUCAGAUGUACGAGGCUGGGCGAGGGGAUGUCGACACCACCCAUCCCGGGGAGAAGUCGGUGCGGGAUGCAGACGGCAGCGCGACGGCAGGUGGGCCGUCCGGUGGGUUUCCCACCUUCAGAAGAAGCAGGCGAGGCUGA